AUGGCUGCAAUCUCUCUGAAACAGAAACCUCUAGUCCUCGCCUUCGUCCUCUACCUCUCCAUCUCCGCCACUACCUCUGCCUUCACCUCCUCCGCUCCUUCGUUCCCGCCGUCUGUAAAUCAACCAGAGCUCCUAACUUACCCAACCACUCUCAUCGCUUCCAUCCUCUCCACUCUCGGCUUCCAGGAACUUUCCUCCGCCGCCGUGGACGCCAAUCUCUCUACCUCCACUCCGAUCACCAUCUUCGCACCUUCCGAUUCCUCGCUUCUUACCUGUCCUUCGUGUUCUCUCCCUCUCCUUCUCCAGGAACACGCCGUUCCAGGCCUCUACCCAAAUCAUUUCCUCCGCAACUUAGCUUUUGGCACCAAGCUCGAAACCCUAGCCUCCGAACACUGCCUCACCAUCACCUCCUCCGCCGCUCAAAAUGUCUCUACCAGAGUUGUUUUCGUCAAUGGAGUUGAGAUCUCGGAGCCGGAUCUCUUCAACAAUGGCGUCUUCUUGAUUCACGGCUUGCGAGGAUUCGUCUCUCAUCUCUCCCCGCUCUCUUGCAACGUCGAGCGCAUGACUACUCUCUCGUUUCCGCAGCCGUGGCUUCACAAGUCGCCGCUGUCGUCCAUCAUGCGCCUUAUGCUAAAAGACGCCAUUAUCAGGCUCCGUUUCGGUGGCUACAGCAUUGUUUCUCUCGCGCUGAAAGUUAAGUUCGGAGAAUUAUCCGAACUGAAAGAGAUGCGACGAAAACUGGUGGUGACGGCUGCCGGCGGUGGAGGCCAGUUCUCUCCAGUGAAGAUCAACUACGUGAAAGUCACCACCAUGGAUUUGCUGCAUAACAGCAGGAUUGUGGUUCAUGCUGUGUCAACGGCGUUCCCCCGCAUGCACCAUCAUCUGUCACUCACGGACGGCGCUGCUGUUGAAGAGGCCUAUCGUCCGCCGUGUGAUAUCUCCUUGGAUGGUGGAUUCUGUGAGGUGGCAGCUCCUGUGCCAGCUGGCAUUAGAUCAACGUCUGACAUCAUCGGCCGUUUGGAUGAUCGUGAUGGUCUCUAG